AUGGGCGCCGUGGGCCAGCUCCGUCGCCGGACCUGGGCGCGGACGCCGCCAGGUCCCAGACCGGAUGCCGCCGGCGGCGACGAAGACGACGUGAGGUGCGAGGCGUGCGGGUCCGGGGAGGCGGCCGCGCAGCUGAUGCUGUGCGACGGGUGCGACCGCGGGUUCCACAUCUUCUGCCUCCGCCCCAUCCUCCCGCGCGUCCCCGCCGGCGACUGGUUCUGCCCGUCCUGCCGCGCCCCGGCCUCCUCCAAAUCCGAUUCCGCCGCCGCUGCUCACACCGUCGCCAAGAAGCCUAAACAGUUCCCGCUGGUCCAGACGAAGAUCGUGGAUUUCUUCAAGAUCCAGCGGAGCCCGACGCCAGCCGAUGCGUCGGCGGAGCUGAAGAAGCGGAAGCGGAAGUCCGGGUGCGCGCUGGUGGCAUCAAAGAAGAAGAGUCGGACGAACCGCGCGGCGCUGGAGGCUGGUGGGAUGCAGGUGCUGCCGCGGGAGGACGCGGAGACGCUGGCGCGCUGCCAGCGGAUGAUGGUGCGCGGGGAGUGGCCGCCGCUGGUGGUGGCGUACGACCCCGUGGAAGGGUUCACGGUGGAGGCGGACCGCCCCAUCCGCGACCUCACCAUCAUCACCGAGUACGUCGGAGAAGUCGACUUCCUCCGGAACCGGGAGCACGACGACGGCGACAGCAUGAUGACGCUGCUGUCGGCGGCGUCGCCCGCGCGGAGCCUCGUCAUCUGCCCCGACCGCCGCAGCAACAUCGCGCGGUUCAUCAACGGCAUCAACAACCACACGCCGGAGGGGAGGAAGAAGCAGAACGUCAAGUGCGUGCGGUUCGACGUCGGCGGCGAGUGCCGGGUGCUACUGGUGGCCAACAGGGACAUCUCCAAGGGGGAGAGGCUCUACUACGACUACAAUGGCUCUGAGCACGAGUACCCAACGCACCAUUUCGUGUGA